AUGGAUCAACAAAAAUUUUAUAUUUGCAACACCAACGGCGACGACGACAGUGGAGAUGGAAGUGAGCUUAAACCCUUGAAAAGUUUGUUUCGAGCAAUGCAAUUGGCUGGGACCUCAGAAGGUGAUUUUCUUGUUUCUGCAGUAAAAGAAGGCGAGGCAAAACAGUGGGAUAAACCGUCGAAAUCUGCAUUGAAAAAAGCUACCGGUCGAUUUGAUGAAGAGCGAAGAAAACGUGAGAAAAAGUUGGCGGCUGUGGAAAAGGAAGCUUCGCAAAUUGUGGAUGAAAAGAAGCGUUUGGAAGAUGCGAAGAAAAUACAAAUCAAACUCGAUUCGUCACUUCCUGCUCCAAGUAAAGUGAAGAUACGUGAUUGUUCUACAAUGUGUGGACAAAGAGUUCAAAUUUUUGGCUUUGUACAUCGCUGUCGACAACAAAGAAAGGACUUGAUUUUUGUUGUUCUUCGAGACGGGACUGGCUUUUUGCAAUGUGUUUUGAGUGGAUUACUUUGCCAAACUUAUGAAGCUUUAACAUUGAGCACGGAAAGCUCUAUUUGUAUAUACGGAACGACGGCCCCUGGUGGUGUAGAGCUCGUCGCUGAUUUUUGGACUUUAAUUCAUGGAGCGCCGCCCGGUGGGAUUGACAAUGUGUUAAACGUCGAGGCAAAUCCUGAUGUUAAACUGGACAAUCGUCAUUUGUGCAUUAGAGGAGAAAAUUGUUCAGCAAUUCUUCGAAUACGAGCGGCCGUAACGCGUGCAGUUAGAGAACAUUUUCAUUCGCGUAAAUAUGUCGAAGUAUGCCCUCCAACUCUUGUUCAAACGCAGGUUGAGGGAGGCUCUACACUUUUUUCCUUAGACUUCUUUGGUGAACCAGCUUAUUUAACCCAGUCAUCGCAGCUUUAUCUGGAAACAUGCAUUUCUUCUUUGGGCGAUUGUUAUUGUAUAGCGCAGUCUUAUAGAGCGGAAAAAUCUCGAACGAGGCGUCAUUUGGCUGAAUACUCUCAUGUUGAGGCAGAAUGCCCAUUUAUUACUUUUGAAGAAUUAAUGAAUAAAAUUGAGGAUCUUGUUUCUGAUGUUGUUGACAGGGUUUUUAGCGAUCCUGAAAUUUCUGAAUUGAUAUUGCAACGAUGGGAAACGUCAAAGGAAAAAUUUCCUUCAUUAAAACGUCCCUUUCUUCGAAUGACUUAUGCUGAUGCAAUUGAAUGGCUGCGCAAAAAUAAUGUAAAUAACGAAGAAGGGAAGCCGUUUGAGUUUGGAGAAGACAUUCCAGAGGGUCCUGAACGACAAAUGACUGAUACAAUUGGCCAGCCAAUAUUGCUGAAUCGUUUCCCAGCUGGGAUUAAAGCCUUUUACAUUUCUCGUUGUGAAGAUGAAGAAGAAAAAAAGGAUUUGACAGAAUCUGUAGAUUUAUUAAUGCCUGGAGUUGGGGAAGUUGUUGGCGGUUCAAUGAGGAUUUGGAAAGAGGAAGAACUUUUAGAAGCUUUUAAAAGAACUAAUAUUGACCCUAAACACUAUUAUUGGUAUGUAGACCAGAGAAAGUAUGGAGGGUGUCCACAUGGAGGUUAUGGACUUGGAUUGGAACGGUUUGUUUGCUGGUUAGCUAAUCAACACCAUAUAAGAGAUGUUUGUUUAUAUCCACGUUUUAUUGGACGAUGUGCCCCGUAA